CGUUAUCGUCUCCCUUUCUCUUCCUCCCACCUCCCCCCCUCUUUCUAUUCUGUUCGCAUUUUGCGUUAGAUACAAUUUAAUAGUACAAUGACAGAGAUGAUUAAAUUGAUGAAUACGCCAAUAGUGACGGUCCGUCAGCCGCGGCAUAUUGAUCGUUAUUGGCAGAAGAUCGUUUACACCUCGUAUACCGCGUACCAAUGGUACAUAUCGUCCUAGGUAUUGAAACAAUAGGCCGUACCAUCGUCCUCCUCUGAUUCACCCGUCAUUCAGUGAGUCUCCUCCUUCGCGCCUCGCGUCCUGCAAGAGAGACAACUCCUGGCCGAUCCUCUCUCUGUCAGUGCAUGCUUUACCUUCGUGCAUGACACUUUGUUUCAACCUCGCGUUACAUUCCGCUCGGCACGGCGUUUUAUAUAUAUAUAAACAAACGAUUUCUUAAACUGUUUACUCUCUCAAAUGUUCAUCAACUAAGUAACAGUUCUGAAAUUAUUACUCCGACAUAUGUAAACUAUGUUAUAAAAGAUACUCAAGUUUUUUUCAAUAUGUUACAAGUAGAAUGAAUAUUCGUCUCGAAUGGGGGGAUGUUUGGCUAAUUUCUGUCUCGAAAUUGCUUGAUCCAAUUUUCAAAGGAAUAAAUAAAUGUGAUUGUAUACGAGAUUUGAAACGGCGGUGCGCGUUGCACUUUCGACGGGCAGAGUUUCGGUCAUUGGGUUAUCAGGGGUUGGUGUGGAGAGAUCGUGGCUCACGAUGAAUGCGGAGGAAGCUAAAGUGGGCUGCUUUCAAAUGGUGUUAGUGUUGCUACUUGGAAUAAACUAUGUCAUCGUCGCCAUGAGUCACGCGUUGCCAGUUUUUCAUAACUACACGCCAAAAUUUUAUUGUCAGACGAGAGAUUCAACGAAUAAAAGCUUUGGCUGUCAAACCGCGGGGAAUUCAUCGAUCGUUGUCAAUUUAACUUCUGCGUCGCCGCAAAUGCCAGUGCUUACAUCCUGUUCCGGCGAAUAUCGCUUCGUGACAGAGUUUACGGAGAACAGCGUAGUCACCGAAUGGGGUUUAGUAUGCGAGAAACGAUACUUGUCUUUUCUCGGGCCAACCGUUUAUUAUACGGGGGUUCUUCUGGGUGCGUGGAUCUCUGGAUUUCUAACCGAUCGUAUCGGCAGACUUCCGGUCCAAGCGAUAUGUCUUUACGCGCAAGGCACGAUGGCGGUCGCACUCUACAUUGUACAGAGUUAUCCUGCAUUUUUGGCGCUACGUGGUCUUCAAGGAGUAUUCGUUCAAGGCCUGCAGAUUUCUACGUAUAUUCUCUCUCUGGAACUAUUUCCAGCGCGAUCUCGUACUCUCGUUGCAUUGAUUAUGCAGAUUUCCUGGUCAAUCGGUCUCGUACUGCUCGCAGUACUCAGUUAUGUGAUACCCGAUUGGCGAAUUUUGCAGCUGGCUGUUUCUGUACCCACCGCCAUCACUGUGUUGUACAUUUGGAUUAUACCUGAAUCACCAAGAUGGUUACUGGCUAGAGGAAAAUCAACAGAGGCCGAUAUGGCGCUUGAAAGAAUCGCAAUAUAUAACAGCUGCUGCAUUGGGAUGCGAACAAAGAAUACUCUUGUGCAAGAAGCAUGCGUGAAAAGUAACACAACGCCGAUGAAACCGGAGAGGAAGUCGCGAGUCACCAGCGUCGAACUUGAGAAAGCGAGGACUGAUGAAAAUCAGCGAGAAGAAGCUACGAAUUUGUUAAACAAGUCGGAAUUAACGGAACGAAAAAUCACAGAGAGAACUUUUGAGGUCAAUUCGACCAACUUGGAUAAAUUUUCCAACAUGGAAUUACGCCAAGAGACGCCAAGUUCAGCGGAAGAUUUUGACAAGAGACACUUGCCUUCGAGUUCCAAGUGCGAACGAAACGCAAAGAUGAUUGUUAUACAAUCAGGAUGCGAUGAAAGGAUUUCCCUGGAAGACGCAGAAGAGGUAGUGUUGCGUAGAAAAAAGAAAGAAAAAACGAAUGAAAAUGAAGAGAAAACGGGAAAUAGUGUCAGGAAACAGAGCGCAAAGAAGAUAAGCUCUGCACCAUUCAAGAAUGCGAUCGAAUCGUCGAUAUUAAGGAAAUAUGGUGCUAUAAUGAUUUGUCAAUGGUGGACGUCUACAAUAGCGUGCAGCAUACUUGAUGAUUUGGCGCCAAGUUUUCCGGUUAAUAGGCACAUCACGUUCGCCCUGAGCGCAGCUCUCGAAAUGGCAACGUACACAUUUGUGUACUUUGUAUUAUCUAGAUACGGUAGACGGCUGCCAAUGUGCGCAUACCAGUCUCUCAAUGGCAUCGUUUGUAUUUUAAUUGCGGCCUUCUUCAUUUUAACCACCACGUCUGCACCGUGGACCGAUCUCGCAAAAACGGUAACGUUGCUGUUUGGCAGAGUGACUAUCACGAGUACCCUUUCUAUCGCCUACUUGUAUACCAUUGAAAUAUUUCCAACUGUGAUACGAGCUAGCUGUUUAGGCUUAUGCGUGGUGUUUGCAAAAAUCGGCAGCCUAAGCAUACCGCAUUUACUUUUAUUGAGACAACAUAUAUCGCUUCCGAUACCAUUACUGGUCGUUGGAGUAUUGUGCUUCGUCUCCGGCAUGUUGGCUUUGAUUUUACCAGAUACGUUGAAUAAAAUUCUGCCAGAUCAAGUGGUAGAUAUGAAAAAUGUAAUCGACGACAAUAAUUGCAAGAGUGAUGAUAUCGAUAAAGAAGAUGGCGUGAAGGAAGAGGAUACGACAGACAGACAAAUUCUAAGGGAGAAGCUCUUUUCAGAAGACUGGGUGGAUGCCGGUAAUGGAAUUUUGGUGAAUUUCACGGAGAAUAAAAAUACCGAAUAAUUUAGAAAAUAAAGCGACUUUGUAUUAAAAAAUUAUCCUACUUUUUAAUGGGCAUCUUCGAUCCGCUUUAUUCGUACCAAGUGUCACAUAAUCAUCGGCGUAAAAUAUUCAAAGCUUAUAGUUUAUUUUCACUAAACGAAUAUCACAUACACAUAUUUAUAUAAAAUAUACGUUGCACACAUACAAGUGGAAACACGAGUCGAAUAACAUAUACAUGAAAAUAGAUAUUCAUUUUAAUUUGAAUUUUCAACGUAGAAAUAUAGCAUAAGUCAAACAAAAUAAUUUGGCAGAAACAUGUAUUAAAAAUAUGUGAUAGAUAACUUUGGAAAUUUUACGUAUAUCUUAUUAUGAAGAUUAUCCACAAAAUGCUCAAUUGCGUCAAAUAUUCAUUCGUAAUAUACGUGAAAAGCAACGUAAAAUGUUAGCUCCUAUCACGACAUAUCCACACGAAAUUGUAAGUUGAAGAUAUCCACCGACUCGUUCACACAAAAGAACAAUCUUAUUUUAAUUUUAUGUCGAUAUCCAUUAGGCAUAGUAAAAUAAAAAUAUUUCGACAAAAAUUAA